GUUUCCGGCUAAUAACUGCAAUAAAUAAACGCUGCUUAAUAAGGUUUUUAAGUUUUGGGUAGCAUAAUACUUUAAAGGUUCUGAAUAAAUUAUUUUAGAGCUAUUGCAUUUAUGUUUUUUUUCUUAAUUUUACUCGGGGUAUCGAUAGUUUUCCACAUUAUAACACGCGUAGUAAUACCUACAUCGACGUGGAGCAAACCCACCAUUUUGUUGACACCUGGAGGAGUUUACGUUGUGGUACUGCUAUAUUUCCCCGGUUCUGGCAGUGUUGUGGAUACUUUUGAAAUUUAUAUAGAGCAUUAAAAUGGUGCUGCUGGCAGCAGCAGUGUGCAAUCGCACUGGGAAAGCGAUUAUUUCCCGACAGUUUGUAGAAAUGACAAGGUCUCGCAUCGAGGGUCUCCUUGCUGCAUUUCCUAAGCUGAUGGGGACAGGGAAACAGCACACAUUUGUGGAGACGGAAAGUGUCCGCUAUGUGUACCAGCCCUUAGAGAAGUUGUAUGUGUUACUGAUCACAACAAAGGCUUCCAACAUCUUGGAAGACUUGGAGACUUUGAGGCUUUUUGCCAAAGUUUUGCCAGAGUACUGCAGAAACAUGGAGGAGUCAGACAUUGUUGAUCAGGCGUUCUCCCUCAUCUUUGCAUUUGAUGAAAUUGUUGCUUUGGGCUACAGGGAAAACGUGAACCUUGCACAGAUAAGAACUUUCACAGAGAUGGAUUCUCACGAGGAGAAGGUGUUCCAGGCUCUCAGACUGACUCAAGAAAAGGAGGCUAAGGAUCAAAUGAAGAAAAAGGCCAAGGAGAUUACGCAAAGAAAUAGAGAGAUGGUCAAGUCUGGGCGUAACCCGGGUUUCAACAGUGGUGGUGGCUUCGGCGGCAGCUCGUACCGGUCAGAGAGGAGUCCAGUCAUCGAUUCUGGCUCCAGUGUGGACACCCCGAAACCCUCCUACAACAAGCCCAGCAAGCCAGUGCCAUCAGGACCAAGCAGAGCUCUCAAGCUGGGUUCCAAAAAGAAAGAUGUGGACACAUUUGUUGGACAGCUGCAGUCGGAAGGAGAAAAAGUUGCAGAUUCCUCCAAAUCUUUGUCUACACCAGCAGCAAAAACAAGCACUCCUGCCACAAACCAAGAAGCGGUGCACUUGGUGGUUGAGGAGAAGAUAUCUCUGACAGCCGGCCGUGACGGGGGCCUACAGAACUUGGAGGUGCAUGGCAUUCUCAGAUUACGCAUCAAUGAAGAGAAGGCUGGUCUGAUCCAGAUUGCCGUCAACAAUAAUGACGACAAAGGAAUACAGCUUCAGACGCAUCCAAAUGUAGACAAGAAAGCGUUUGCCCAGUCCUCGAUCGUGAGUCUCAAGAACCCCGAGCGGCCGUUCCCCGUGGGCCAGGACAUCGGGGUGCUCAAGUGGCGAUUUCAGACACAGGAUGAGGCGCUCAUGCCUCUGUCCAUCAACUGCUGGCCCAACGACAACGGGGAGGUGAACAUUGAGUACGAGCUGGAGCAGGACAACAUGGAGCUGGAGGACGUCCUCAUCAACAUACCCUGCCCGUCGGGUGUGGGAGCGCCAGUGAUCAACGAGUGCGACGGCGAGCAUCACUUUGACAGCCACAAGAAAGUGCUACAGUGGCGGCUGCCCUUCAUCGACGCGAGCAACAAGUCGGGCACCAUGGAGUUCACAAUCAAUGGCCAUCCGGAGGACUUCUUCCCCGUCACAGUCAGCUUCGUCUCCAAGCGCUCCUAUUGUGAUAUCGCCGCUAGCUCAGUGCAGAUCCAGGACUCUGGCGAGCCAGUCAAGUUCUCCUCCGAAGUGGUCUUUGUGGUGGACAAGUAUGAGAUUGUGUGAGUGCUACAGCCCUGUCUGGAUGAAUGAGGAACUUGUGUUUGUCUUCAUGUUUUGGUCUUGGAAGAAUGUGCGGAGGGUAAGCAUUGCCCUCCUCUCCUCUCCUGGCACGACAGCUGCUGGGUGGCGGGGUUUGCUGGCGUGCAACUCUACAGAAAUACUUACAGGCUGGUUGUUGUUGGAGGAUGUGUAAUAGAGAUAGCCUGCAACCGUUUGUUUUUUUCUUUUUUUUCUUUUUUAUUUCACUAAAGUUAGGGAGCGUGCUUGAAAGUCCGACCUCUGGUAACUUUUGUGAGGAGAAUUGGCUGUAGUUGUAAAUGCUAAAUUGCACCGUAAGUUUAUUCUCCUCUGUCAAAGACAGGGGGCGGGGGGGAUUAUUAAAAAGUUGAAGGGGAAUCUAAUUUUGUCAAACAUUUUCUUUUUGAAGAAUAUAUGUUUUGUUGUUGUAACACUUGAGUCGGGUUUAACCAGGGCAAGGCAAUGCUCUUUCCUUUUUUUUUUUUUUUUUUUAGAAAUAGUCCUGCAGUUUCCAAGUGGGGUUUAUGCAAAAUUUCUUCUCAAAGUAGACAAGUUUUGAUGAAAGGAUUGGGAUGGUUCCCAGACAACGUUUUGGACAUAUUUAUUACGACAACUAAAUAAAAAAAAAAACAAUUUGAUAUCCCAGCUGUGUUGCUGGUAAUAUCUGAUUAUGUGUGCAAAUAUAAUCAUAUGUGUAUUUGUCAGCAUUUAGUCUGAGCUUGGUUCAGCCUCACUCCCAAGGUAGGAUAUCGUAGUGGAGCACUGUGACCAUGAAGUUUGUUGCGUUGUUUCGUAGCUGUGAAAAUAUUUUCAUGUGAUUUCAAAGGAAUUUGAAUGAAAGCAUGUCCUAAGGAAUUAUGCUAGAGUGCAUAUGUGUGGAGGUGCAUGAGUGAUAAUUUUCUUGGAAGUCUUUUUGGGGGUUUGUUGGUCUUUUUUUUCUUCCUUUUUUUGUUUUGUUUUGUUCCUCACAGGGUCCAAUGUCUUGCUACAUUUCUGUCUAUCAUGAGCUGUGCGACCAAUGCGUCCUUCUCACCCCCAUUCAUCAUCACAAGGAAGCUCUCCCUCCCUUCCCCUCUCAACUCACAUGCUCCUCUCUGUUACUCCUCUAUCUAGUAGGGAAAAGAAAUGCCGCUUGGUUCUCUUCUCAUUCAACAUCCAGGCCAUUGAUUUUUCUUCCCCCCUACUUUCCUCUUUUGGAAAAAGAUGCUGAUGGCCUCACUGCCUGUGGGAAGUUGUAAUUUUUCUCCCUUUUUCACAACCUCAGUAAAUCUUUCCGUACUCUAUUUGUCUAUUUUUCUGUCUGUCUGUCCGUUCUUUUUACCGUAGUGCUAGGCCAUCAUUUGCUUAAAGACGUGCUCUUCUUUCUCUCAGAACUCUCUUACUUGCUUUGUCUUUUUUUGAGGAGAAUGUUUCUUGGGGGGCAGGAAGCCCCAAGACUUAGUGUAGUUUUGAUUUUGAGCAAGGAUUCUGCUGCUGCUGCCAUGAUCUUACUACUGAAUGUAGUGUAUGUCAUGUAUAUAACAUAUUACUUCCCUCUCCUUCCACUGUGGGUGAAUGAACAUUAAUUAUUGUGUGGGUGGCUGCAUGAGUAGGAGGCUCUAUGUGCACAAUGACAGCUAGCCGUGUGGCUGUCCUCCUCGUGUCUGAUGCUGUGUAUGAUGUGUCCGUACGUGUGUGCGUGUGUAUGAUGUGUCCGUACGUGUGUGCGUGUGUGUGAUGUGUCCGUACGUGUGUGCGCUGAACUUGUUGAUAUUGCUGUGUCAGUUUAUUCUCUCAGGCUCAAACGUGAUGAUAAAAAAAUCGGAGCAGUUUUUCAGCCUGAAAGUGGGGGGGGGGGGGGGGGGGCCUUUGUGUCUCUGUUGAUGUCUUACCUACUAAAUUUAAACAAAUAAGGUGUGUAUCUGAAUUGGUCUGAAAUUUACCUCUGUGUGUAUGUGUGUGCAAGUUUAUUUUUUUCAGUUAGUUAUUGAAGUUGUAUUACGGUAUAUUUCUUUAUGAACAUCUUUGACUUGAUUAUUACGAGACAAAAAGUUGAAAUGUGAAGAAAAUGUUGUUGAUGAACCUUUGUCUCUAUUGUAAAUAAUAAACUAUGAUGAUGUUGAGACUUUGCCUUAGCUCUGAGAGAACUACUGUGUACUUGUGAUCUGAAAGGGAAAGAAAAGAAGGUUCGAAACAAUAAGAGUCUUCAAGGAUGAAAUCUUCAGGGUGGUUUUUUCCAGCUAGCAGCAUCUGAAGAGGAUCUUUAUCAUGUCAUUGAGAUCGGCUGGGGUUUUCCUUUACCUCUCCAUUAGUAUUAGUGAGAUGACAUAGGCUACUAUGUAAAGGGCUACCGUACUCUUUGGAAUAUUAUGAUCUUGUCUACAGGUGCCCACACUCUCUCUCCUCUUUGGUCAGUCUCUUUCCCCCUCCACCCUCAUUUGGAUAAUUUGAUCACAAAGGGAAAGUAGAAAUGGUAGUUCAGUUUGUUCUAUGUCUUUGUGGUACCGGUAUGUACGGUUUGCCGAAUGUUUCAACAUCAUGUAAGCCACAUUGUCACAAGUGGUGAUGUUUCAUCUCACGAUGAUGUUGCAGCUGUUCUGCAUGUCAAUGUUAUGACAUCACUGCUUUAGACCAUCAUGUCGCAUUUCCGAACUGUUUGAAUUAUGUCUCUGCUCUAGAUUAUGAUGUCACCGCUGCGAGUUUUCAUAUCGCUGCUCUAGAGUAUGAUGUCACUCUUCUGGAUGGUGAUGUCACUGAUCCAAACUGAUUUCACUGUUCUGAACUGUCUAAUUAAAUAAACAUUCUGGUGAGAGGUU